AUGCAGGGCAGAACUAAUUACGGAAUAGUAACAGAAAUAUGGGCUACCGGUUUGCCAGCCUCAAGCAACGAAUCGCAUUAUUUGGCGGUGUCGAGUGCUCUUCUAGUGGGGUCGGUCCAAGCCAGCAUCUGGCCUUAUCACGGAUCAGCGAGUUCGUCGGCGACGGCAACAAGUGCCGUGUAUCACGAUUACGACUGGCAGCCGCCAAGAUUGAAAUCAGAUCAUUGGACCUAUGGGCAAAGCAGUAAUCGUGGCAUCGCGGGAAGUUCCGUCGGACCUCAUCCGAUUUUCCUUAAAGGCCACAACGACGCCUCGAUCAGAGCACCAACACAAAGGCCAAUAGUGCUACAAGGACCACAAGAAGGGCCCAUUCGUGCCAUCGGGCCUACGGAUGGGCACAUACAUAUCACAGGAUCCAAAGAAGGGCCUGUACAGAUUAUAGGACCCACAGAAGGGCCUGUACAGGUCAUCGGGCCGACGGAAGGGCACGUACACGUUAUCGGACCCUCGGAAGGCCCGGUACGCGUUAUCGGUCCAACCGAAGGAUCCAUAGAAGUCGUGGGACCAACCAAAGGAUCCAUACAGAUCGUAGGUCCUACAGAAGGACCAGUAAAGAUCAUCGGUCCCUCCGAAGGAUCAGUUAAGAUCAUCGGUCCCUCCAAAGGAUCAGUUAAGAUCAUCGGCCCUUCCGCUGGAGCAAUUCACAUUGAUGGUAGUUCUACGUCUAGCGGAGGAUCCAUCAUCACAGCUCCAUCGGGAGGGGCAUCCAUCAUCGGUCCGUCAAGUCAUGGAGCUUCUAUCAUCGGUCCGUCGAGCCAUGGAGCUUCUAUCAUCGGUCCGUCAAGCCAUGGAGCUUCUAUUAUCGGUCCGUCAAGCCAUGGAGCUUCUAUUAUCGGUCCGUCGACCCAUGGAACUUCAAUUGUUGGACCUUCCUCUGCAGGAGUAACCAUUGUCGGACCGUCCGCCGGAGCUGCGACCAUCGUCGGACCAUCCGCCGGAGCUGCGACCAUCGUAGGUCCGACGACAGGCGAAGCGACUAUCGUUGGCCCACGUACAGGUGGCGUUACAAUAAUUGGACCAUCAACGACAACACCCAUUAUCAACCACCCAAUUGUUCAUCAUAACUCUGUCUUUGAUGCACACGCAAUCGCGAAAGCCUACGCCUAUGCAGACGCCCAAGCCCAUAACUUCGAUUCACCACCUAUACAUGACCCACAUAGAUACGUCCCACAUCAUUAUGUCAAAGAUGAGUUCCAGGGGCAUAUCACACACGAACGCCCAUCGCCAAUCAUUCACAAACAACAUCUGAUAUGCACCUCGGGUGCGACAGAGGCAGUGGCGAAGGCGGCAUCGCGCUUUGGUCCCGUCCACGUGUCCUCCAUCCAGGGCCGACCGGUAAUCACGAUUUCCGGGCCCCCUAGUGGACACUAUGCCGUCACCGGACACACGGGACCAGGCACAGUAGCCACCGCCAGCGCAAGCGCAUCCUCCGUUUCUUCAUCCUCUUACCACAACAAAGACUGGGAUGCCAAGAGCUUCUGGUACCCGAAGCCAAUCGCCAAAUCCUGCUGUUAAUUCAUUGGUCGCGAGUUCACGCACUUGCGAUGUGGGAGGGAGGAGGCCAAUUGCAUCGACAUAAUAAUGAUGAAAGACUCGCGAAAGGCAUGCAUGAUUCAGCAGAAUGUAAUUCUUUGCUUACGUCGUGUCCGCGCAUGGAUCGCGCAAAUGCGAUUAAUCACAAUUUGCGUCGGACAGUGCUCGAUCGUUUUUGUUUUUUCGAAAUCACGUUUGUAUAAUUGAAUAGUCUUCGAAAGAAUGGGCCUCGGCUGGAUCUGAUACACUAAGCUCAUAUUUUGUAAACAGAAUAAUAAACGUAAAAUUCCAAAAAUUAUCGAUUAAAACUUUUGAUAUUACCCUUCUCUGUAAUAAUAGCGAUAUUCGCCUAAUAAGCA